AGAGGAGUCGGCGAGCGAAGCGAUUUAUAUCCAGCGGUGGGUGGAGGCGGCAGCCACCACCAGCGAGUGAAGCGAUGUCCAUCGCCCACGGCCGCCUCGCUGUUCCGGCCUUCUCCGCCUCCUCCCAUCGCCACCCCUUUCGCCUCCGCCAUGGCCGCUUCCUAACCGCCGUCGCCAAGCAGACAACAAAAGCCACCCCAUGCCCGCCCGAAGACGGCGCCCAAAUUUCAUCCCCUUCGUCCACCAGCUUCUCCUUCCCUGCUCUCCACUCACUCUCUUCCAACCAGAAGGACCAAAUCUCUCUCUACGUCCGCACCCUGCUCCAAUGGAACCAGAGGAUGAAUCUAACGGCGGUUACCGAGGAGCGCGAGGUGAUGUCGAGGCACGUCGAAGACUCGCUCGCCAUCCUCCCGCCGCUGCGGCGUUCUUAUCUGGCGCAUUGCUGUAGUUCAUCUCCCUGCGACGGGCUCAACGUUGUUGAUGUUGGCUCCGGUGCCGGUCUACCUGGAUUGAUACUGGCCAUUGCCUGCCCUAAUUGGAAGGUUACUCUCUUAGAAUCAAUGAAGAAAAGAUGCUUAUUCCUGGAGCAUAUUGUUGCUCUUACUGGCUUGUCGAAUGUCCAGAUCUUAUGUGAAAGAGCAGAGAAUGUUGGCCAGAGCAUUGAUUACAGGGAAUUAUUUGAUGUAGCAGUGGCAAGAGCUGUUGCGGAAAUGCGUACUCUGGCUGAGUACUGUCUUCCAUUGGUUCGUGUUGGUGGCUUGUUCAUUGCUGCAAAAGGCUCUGAUCCUCAGGAAGAAGUCAAAAGCGCAGGGAAAGCAAUUCAGUUGAUGGGUGCUUCCAUCAUAGAGUUGUGCACAGUGGAAUCACAUAGCCCAAAAGGACAAAGAACUACUGUUAUCUGUUUGAAAGACCGUGCAACGCCGAAAAGGUUUCCUCGUCAUCCUGGUAUUCCAACGAAAUCGCCACUAUGACGGGUGCAAUUUUUUUUCUUGUAAUAUAUACAGACAGUUGUUUAGUCACAAUAGAUCUCUUCUUGCGAGAACAGUGCUUUUCAUCUGCUUUGUAACUCUUUGCCUUGUUAGGUUAUUAUUGUUGUAAUGCUGCAUAUUAGUUACCUGUUAUGUGCUGGGCAGAAAAUGGCCAUUUAAAAUGCUGUUGCCAUUUA